AUGAACGACGGACCGACGUACUUUUACAUCGACCCGCACGGGCGCGAGCAGGGGCCGUUCGCGUUCGCGGACGUCUUGAAGUGGUUUCGCGCGGGAUAUCUCUCACCGACGCUCGGUUGUCGACGCUCGGACGAGACCGCGUACGCGCGGACGGUGACGGAUGCGGUGGUGGCGGACGCGGCGAUGCACGGCGUGGCUUUGAGCGCGCUCGGGACGCGGACGAGGGGUUCGGACGGUGCGCGCGGGCGCGAGGGGGCGGCGAGCGGGACGAGCGGAUUGGUGAGCGUACCGCCGCCGCCGCCGCCGCCGCCGGCGGGACGGUCGGAGGAUGAGAUCGCGCAGUGCAUGGAGCGGUUGAUGGAGGUGCUGGAUCGCGUGCUGCCGAUCGUGCUCGAGGGAGGGCUCAGGGAGGAGUUUGGGCCGGUUUGGGAGGAUAUGUUGCGCACGCCGCCGCCGUGGACGUUGGAGACGACGCUUCGCGAGCUCAAAGCGAACUGGGGAUCGCUGUUUAGCACUCAACCGCGACGAGCGAAUGAGAUCCAGACGUUGUUAGACGCCGCGAUACGACAACGAAAGAACCUAGCCAUAGCACCCGGGUCACAGUCCAAGGAUGUGUCGAACGCAGCCGUAUGUCUCCUGGGCGCGUGUCCGAAGACUUUUCCGCCAGCCGUCAUCGAGGAGCUUCGAAUCGCUUGGGAGGAGUGCGAGAAGAUUCGAGCUUACUUGAACUAG